AUGUCUACAAAAGCUGGUCAAACCCAAUGGGAAAGUGCUGCUGCCAAAAUGCUUUCCACAAUCCUCGGUACGACAAACGAAGAAGGAUCUAGCGAUAGCUUUAUCGAAGGAAUAUCACAGAAUCCAUUCAAAGUUGCAUCGACAGCCAAGCGAGGAAUUAUCCGGCACCUGUGCAUUAUAUUGGAUACCUCGGAACCCUCUAACGACAAGGAAUGGCGUCCCUCGAAACUAUUUGCCAUUAGCGAUCUUUUGAAGAAGAGGUUUUUUCAAUUAUUCUUCGAGUCGAAUCCGAUUGGACAGCUGUCAAUAGUCGCCACCUUUAAUGGGACUGCAACUGUUUUGGUGCCCCCAACUUGCGACCUGGACUUGCUGGUGGAAAAAUUUAAUACAUCAGUGAUAGACGAUGGUACCGGGUCUGCUUCUUUAGAAAACGCGCUACGGCUUUCGGUAGCCCUUUUCCAAGCGAGCAAAGAAAUUCUUUUUUUAUUUAACGCUUUAUCCUCUGUUGAUCCCGGCGAUAUCAAUUCUGCAAUCGAUAUGUCUAGAAAGGCUGGUGUUUCCAUCUCCAUGAUCCACACAAAUGCUGCGCUAUUUGUGGCGCAGAGAAUGUGCAAUCUUACCAACGGUAAUGAGGAAAAUUUACCUUUAGGUUCAUUUGCCGUCGCGCUUGACUAUUUUAAUUUCAAAGAGCUGCUUGAGACUUUUGCCGAGCCCAGGCCAUUGUAUUCUGCCACGAAUUCAAAAUCGGUUCAGCUGUUGAUAUUUGCACCUGGUACGCACCGCCAUAUCACAUUACCCUUUUGUAGUCACAGUCGUCGAUUGGAAUCUUCUGGCUAUUCUUGCCCUCGAUGCGUAGCAAUUGUGUGCUUCAUUCCGUCAGACUGCCCUGUUUGCAAGCUCACUCUGAUUUCAUCGUCUCACAUUGGGCGCUCCCUGCAUCAUUUAUUUCCGCUAAAAGAUUUUGAUGAAGUGGCUGCAGGAGGCCCUUGUUUCUGCUGUAAUCUUUCAAAUGGCCAACUAUUUUUUCAAUGUCCAAACUGCAAGUGUUGCUAUUGCAAAGAGUGCAACGGCUUUUUACAUAGCCAGCUUUAUACUUGCCCUGGCUGUAAUGUUGCAGAUCAAAACUGA